AUGUCUAACCUUUCGAUUGAUGAUAUACUUGCUGGUAUAACCGAGUCUUUGAGUAAGCAACAACAACAACAACAACAACAACAACAACAACAACAACAACAACAACAACAACAACAACAGCAAUUGAAUCAAUCUCAGGCCACCGACAAUGAUGGAGUAGGCCAAAUUACGUCAAACUACAACGACGAAUAUUUUGAUAAAUUGGCAGAGAAGUACAUUGAGUUUAACUACAAGAACCCUACCAUUUAUCAUGUUGUUGACCACUUUAAACAACAAUUGAAACAUGCCGGAUUUGAGUAUUUAUCAGAACAAGACUCAUGGAGUGACAUCAAACCCGGUAAAUACUUUACCACUAGAAAUGGUUCGUCAAUUGUUGCUUUCGUCGUUGGUAAGGAUUGGGAACCAAGCAAAGGUUUCGGUGCUAUUGGAUCUCACAUUGAUUCACUCACCACUGUUUUAAAGCCAGUUUCGAAAAAGGACAAAGUUGAUGGAUAUGAAUUACUUGGCAUUGCUCCUUAUGCUGGUACAUUGGGUAAUCUCUGGUGGGACAGGGACUUGGGUAUUGGAGGUAGAUUGUUGGUCAAGGACUCCAAGGGUAAAGUUGUUCAACAUUUGGUUGAUUCAACACCCCACCCUAUUGCUCAUAUUCCUACAUUGGCACCACACUUCGGUGAGCCUGCUAUUGGUCCAUUCAAUACUGAAACAAAAGCGGUUCCUGUGAUUGGGUUUUCUCAAGGAGAGGAUCCUGAGCCUACCGAGGCGGAAAAGAAGGCUCCAUUGUACGGCAAGCAUUCCUUGAAAUUGUUGAGAUAUAUUGCUAAAAAAGCAAAUGUCAGUGUUGAGUCAAUCAGCCAAUGGGAUUUGCAAUUGUUUGAUGUUCAAAAGGGAACCAAAGGUGGUUUGAACAAUGAGUUUAUCUUCGCUCCUAGAGUCGACGACAGGCUCUGUUCUUUUGCUGCUUUGAACGCAUUGGUGAAUGCGACGACUGCAAAAGGGCUUAAAGAUGACACUUUUUCCAUUGUUGCCUUGUAUGACAACGAAGAGGUGGGCAGUUUGACUAGAGCAGGUGCCAGAGGGGGUAUUCUUGAACUGAUAGUGGAGAGAGUUGUUGCCAGUGAUAAGUACAAUCCUGAUGGUCUUAGUGUUCAAGAUAAAGUUAGGUUGAUUUACGCCAACUCAAUCAUCUUAUCGGCAGAUGUCAACCAUUUGUUGAAUCCAAACUUUAAAGAAGUUUAUUUGGAUAAACAUGAAGUUGUCCCCAACAAAGGUGUUUCUAUUGCCAUUGAUGCCAAUGGACAUUUCGCUACUGAUUCCGUUGGAUUGGCAUUUGUUGAGAGUUUGGCCAAAGAGAAUAAAGAUCUUUUGCAAUAUUUCCAAGUGAGAAAUGAUACUCGAAAUGGUAGUUCGAUUGGACCAGCCAUUUCUUCAGCAACUGGUGUAAGAACAAUUGAUCUUGGAAUUCCGCAAUUGUCGAUGCAUUCAAUUAGAGCUACUUUAGGGUCAAAAGAUGUUGGAUUAGGAACCAAAUUUUUCACUGGGUUUUUCCAAAACUGGAGAUCAACCUAUGAUGAGUUUACUGAUUUGUAA